AUGCGGAAUCUGUCUGCUAUCCUAGCACAUGUCGCCUCGGUCGACUUGGUACCAUGGACGCUGCAACGUCAACCAUGUUGGCAAGAAAGUCCCCUCUACAACCAGGCCUUUCAAACCUCACUGGACGCAUCACAAACCUACGCAUUUUGCGCUGACAUCUUUUCUCCUUUGGGUCAAGUGCAUGCGAAACCGCGUGAUAACUACGAACCAUGGACUCACAACCCAGUUUGCACACCACAUCUCUCCGGCGUCAACGACACACUAUGCGUUUACACACACGCUACUUUUGCUGGAGGACGCGGAAUCUCAAUCGUGACGACACCGCGUCUUGCCCGGCAAUUCGCCGUGUUACCGGCGUUUCUCGACCAAUCGAUUCAUGCAGCGCGGAAUACCAACACACCUACAAACGUGUAUCGAGCGACUGAAAUACCAGAAAAGGGCAUCGGCAUGCUAGCCACACGGCCCCUCGCAUUUGGCGCCGUCGUAACAAGUCACACACCAGCACUCAUCGCCUUUCUAGAAGCCGAGUUAUCGACCCUAGACCGCGAAACACUCUGGCGCACCGCCAUCUCGCAACUACCACCGACACUGCAAGAAAACUUCCUCUCUCUAGCGACCGUGUAUGGAGACGAGAGGGUGCGCGUCCAAGACAUUGUUAAAGCGAAUACCUUCCAGAUCCUGCUCGGGGGCGCCAAUCAUCUAGCCGUCUGGCCCGAGACGUCGAGGCUGAACCACGCGUGUGCGCCAAAUGCGCAGUAUGUGGUGGAUGCGGAUACGUUGACGCAUACGGUGCGUGUGACGCGGCCGAUUGCUGAGGGCGAGGAGAUUACCAUCAGUUAUACGAGUCCGCUGGAGGAAACGUAUGUUCGACGGCAGCAUCUGCAGCACGGGUUUCACUUCAUGUGUGCGUGUAAGAGGUGUGCGGAUCCUCGUUCUGACGGUACGCUUGAGCGUAUCAGGGGUUUGGAAAAGAGGCUCAAUGACUGGGAGUCCGCCUCCUCUUCCGGUGAGGUCGACAUGGCGGAAGAAUUGCUAGAGCUCUAUCGCCAAGAGGGUCUUGAGGGUUUCAUGGACAUGCCGUAUGGGUUUGCGGCGUUGGCGUAUAGUACCAUUGGCGAUAGGGAGAAGGCGUUGAGCCAUGCGGGGAAGGCGCAAGAGACUAUUGAAAUGAAAGACGGGGUUUGGACGGAGAAUUGGAAGAUGUGGGAGGGGUUUAAAGGAGAUUUGGAAGGGCAUUGGAGUUGGAGGCGGAGGAGAGUGUGA